AUGCGAGGCGAGCACUGCGGCACCGAGCCUCCCGCCCAGCUGGCCAGUCAUUUUUCUACAACUUCGGCCAGAGUGCCCGGCCUCCUCAUUGGCUACCGCCGGCGGGGGGCGGACCUCCUCGCUGAAGUCCCCCGGGAUAAGGCUGUGUGGCGCGACCUCGCGGAAAUAAAGCAGACACGCCCGCGCCGCGCCGUCUGGUCUCUUCCUGGCGGCCGGGGGCCCCCACCCCGGGCCACACCGACCCCGCCCCGGGCCACACCGACCCCGCCCCGGGGCACACCGACCCCGCCCCGGGCCACACCGACCCCGCCCCGGGGCCGCCGCCCGGCCCGCUGCUCGCCUUCCGCGGGGGCCAGGGCCGGCCGGCCGCGGGUUCGAGGCCCAGGCGUGUCGGCCCUCCAGCCCGAGCUCGCCCCAACACCGGCCCAGGCCACGGAGCGGACCAAGGCCUGGUUCUCCGGGGUGCCCGGGACGCGGGCCCCGCUCGGGAAAGUUCUUGCUAAGCUUGGUUUCUGUGCUCUGGCCCGCUUUCCCCUCCCCACAGACCCCUUCGCUGAUGCAACUAAGGGUGACGACUUGCUCCCCGCGGGCACCGAGGACUACAUCCAUAUAAGAAUCCAGCAGCGCAACGGGCGGAAGACGCUCACCACCGUGCAGGGCAUCGCCGACGACUAUGACAAGAAGAAGCUGGUGAAGGCCUUUAAAAAGAAAUUCGCCUGUAAUGGCACUGUGAUUGAGCACCCGGAGUACGGCGAGGUCAUUCAGCUGCAAGGCGACCAGAGGAAGAACAUCUGCCAGUUCCUCUUGGAGGUUGGCAUUGUGAAGGAGGAGCAGCUGAAGGUCCAUGGCUUCUGAGCGCGCCUCCCCGCGUGAAGAAGCUCACGCGUGAUUUUUCUUCCCCCUACCCUCCUACCCCCCACCCCGUGGCCGCCUUGUGACAUGGCUCUCUGCAGGGAACGGACUUGUCCCUUUUGUCUUCACUCCACCCCCGGCUCCCCCCCUUGCGACCCCAGGGAGCCCGGGGCCAGGGGGCUCGUGACGCAGAAGAAGAUCGCCGUGAGGUGGCCGCCGACCCCCGCGCAUCUCGCCGUGUCUCCAGUGGAGAAGGUUUCGUUCUGAGUGUGCGCUCCGUUGAUGUUCCGUUGAUGGCUUUUCACUCGAUUCCAAUGUGGUGUUUUUCGUUGUUGUUGUUGUAUUAAACCAUGUAUG